AACAAUCUCUGUGUCGCGCAUAAACAACGCGGGGUGGAGUCGUCUCCCUGUCCCUCUCCUCCCCCCACCCGGGCCAUAAACCCCGAGGGAAACCCCGCGACGGCCAUGGCGCAGCCGGCCGGCGCCGGGGGCGCCAGGGGCCGGGACCUGCGGAUGUCCAUCGAGGAGGUGGCCAAGAAGCUGUCCCUGUGGCACACGGCCACGUUCCGGCCCAUCCUGACCCACGACGAGCUGGAGCCCAUCCUGGCCGCGGCCGGCUUCGUGCCGCUGCCGCCCGCGCCGGCGCCCAGGCAGCAGCAGGAGUGCCUCCCCACGGCCCACGCCGCCGCGGCCGGGGCCGUGGCGUGGCGGGAGUACGCCUUCCUCGGGUGCAAUGCCAACGCGGCGGCGGCGGCGCGCCGGCGCCGCCGCCCCGGCCCGCGCCCGCGGCUGCCGCACCCGCGCCUCGACGGCCUGCACCUCAAGACCUACGAGGCCUUCCUCGGCGCCGUCGAGGCGCACCUCGGCGCCGACCGCGUCUCCAACCUCUUCCACGUCAGGCUGAUGCCGGUGACCAACCCGCACGACCGGGCGUUCGACAAGGUGUUCCGCCCCAUGCGGAACUUCAGCGCGGAGGAGGACGGGCUCAUCGUGUACCGGGAGGGGACCCUGGACGACCUCACCUUCGAGAUGUGCAGCCGCCACGGCGCCGUCGGGGACCUCGGCCACCACGUCAUCCCGGGCGUCAGCUGCGCCGACCUCGGCUACCUCCGCAAGGUCGACGGCAACUGCCACCAGGAGGGCUGCUGCGCAAGACACCCUGCCUCCGGCGCCGCCGCCGCCACCGGCGGCGGCUAUGACUUCUUCGCCGUCCAUCUCAAGGAUCUCCUCCCCAAGUACUAGCUGAACCUGUGCGGUCUUGAAAAGAUGCAUGGUCGUCAGCAGAGUAGGUGCUAGUAGCUAGCAGAAUUAGCUUUAGCAGCGGUGAGGCGUCGAUUACCAGGUGACUGCAGUUAGUUACAGUGAGUCAAGGUUGCUCCUUCCUUUUCGAGUGUACAAUCUGUUGCGAGUCAUGUGCCUGCAUGUUGAGCGAGUUCUAUCAGAUCAGCAGCAUAAAGUUUUGGGGAGGUGUCUGUACCUGGGCUUAAUGUGGAUGAUAGUAAUGGUAUGAAGAAAUGGGAUGGGAUCAUGUGGUGACAAGUUUCUCAUGCUC